AUGAGGUCACCGAAGGAAUUGAGCCAGGAUGGACACACAGCAAGCAUUUUGAAAUUAAAGGGGACGUUUGAAGGUGAGAUACAAUGGUGCAGCAAGCUUUCGCUAAGUGAUUGGAAAACGCACUAUUUAAGAAUAACUUCAGAUGGUGCCUUGAUGCAUAUGAUGGAGGGACGAACCGCGAAGGGGCUAGAAACUGCUGUUAUUGCAUUCAAGCAAGAGGAUUCUUCAUCAAAACACGCUAUUGUCAGGAACCUGCAACAAUGCUCAAUUCAGAUUCUUAAUUCCAAGCAAGCAAUCCCAAUACUUCGUAUAGAAGUGAAUAAUCAAGAGCAGCCUAACUACUAUUUACAGGCACUAAGCCCAAUUAAAUUCAAAGAACUCUUUUCAGCCCUGACAUGGUGGAGUGCUUUGAGAAGAGAUGGGAUAUUUAACAAAAUCAAGCUAUUCAAAUACCCUGUAUCAAAGAGACAUAGAAGUAAUCCUGAAAACUUGUUGGUGUGUCAGUUGAAUGUUUUUGGCCCAAUCCCGCAGAGCGUGGUUGCAAAAAAGCUUGAUAAUGCAGUACUAUCCAACUUUCCCAAACCAUUGCUAUGCGAUCAGACUUGUGACUACGACUGGCUCUCAGUCAUGGGUGUAUUGAGCUCCGAUGGUUCUGUUAAAUUUAUUUGCCAAAAUGAUGGCGCUGUAAUAUUUUCGAUAGACACUAAACAGUUACUUCGAUCUGAAAUUUCCAUACUGAGCCCGUCACUUUUUCAGAAUAGUCAUUGCUUGAUUUUGGAUGCACUCCCCCAAUUAAGACAACAGUUACAGCUCUUUGACAAAGAAACUUUGUAUGGCAAAGUGAAUAAUAAUACUCCAGAAAGCCUCGUUUUGCAGUUCCCACUGAGGAUUGAUAUGGAGGAUUGGUUAGUAGCUUUGAAAUCAUUCGCUAUUGCAGAGCGUCUGUCUCUGACUGGCUCUGAUAAAUCAAACGAACUAAGAGUUGCUAACAAGUUCAAGAUAUCUGUUCUCGAAGCAAAUCUGGAAGGGAUAAACCUUGACACCAACCAUGAGUCUGGAUAUGGUCUUCAGGUUGAGAUACUUCUUUGGGAUCGUGUGGUAGCAAGAACACCGUUGGUCUGUAAUACAAAUACCCCGUUUUGGAGGGAGGAAUAUGAAUUCAACGAAACUGUUGAUGUUAAAAACAUCUCGCUCCGUCUUCAGCAAACGAAGUUUAGCACAACAGGGAAUCCAAGUUCCAAAACGCUCGCCAUUAUUGAUCUCACUCAAGAUAUGCUUAAUUCGCAAGAUUACCUCAAUGAAACGCGAAGGCCAUUAUUCUCAUGCGAAAACAAAAACUUCCAACUGGGGAAUCUGUGUUUCAAGAUUAACUCAAACUUGAACUUUGUUCUGCCACCAGUUAACUUUGUUCAGUUUGAAAAGCUUUUGAGCAAGCUAAGCCUAGCCCAUAUUACGGAGCGUGUUUAUCAUUACAUGAACUCCGAAGAAGGUUCACCGCAAUUGCGCGACGUCUCCCAAAUCUGUUUAGAUGUGUUUCAGUCUGUCGGUAGGGAAGAUGAAUGGUUUCAAACGCUGUUAGAGAAUGAAAUUGCCAGCAUAGAUAAGGCGGUACUGAAAAAUUCUAGCAAUAAUUUAACGAACGUUCACAUUUACAACUCUCUAUUCCGGGGCAACUCAAUCUUUACAAAGUCGAUAGAGAUUUAUUUUUAUAGAGUGGGUUCCGAGUAUUUGGAAAAAGCAAUUGGCGGUAUUCUUCGGGCCAUUAUAAGAGAACGCAAAUCAUGCGAGAUUGAUCCCUCCCGCAUUAAACUGGAUGGUGCCGAGCUUUCGAGGACUGUUGAAGAGAAUCGAAAACGACUGACUAAAUGGGCUGGUAGACUCUGGAGGGUAAUUUAUGAGACAAGCAAUGAUCUACCUGAAGAGAUCAAAAGGCAAUUGAAGAAUAUGAGAAGAUACUUGGAGAAAACGUGUAUUGAUGGUACAUCACAGGUGAACUUACAAGGGGUAUCCGGUAUCUUGUUCCUGAGAUUUUUUUGUCCUGUAAUUCUUAAUCCUAAACUAUUCAAUCUCACCGAGUAUCAUUUGACAGACGAAACUAGAAGAACCGUGACUUUGAUAACAAAAGUACUGUUGGGCUUGUCGACUUUAACGCCCUUUGGUCAAAAGGAGCCCUGGAUGCCUAUCAUGAACGGGUUCAUAGAUGCACACGAGAAUGAAUUACUUGAGUACGUCGAUAAAGUUACUGAAAAGAAGCUAGAUUUUAAUGAGGCAAAAUUGAAGUUGAGCAAAAACCUGGUAAGACCGAAACUUAUGGUUGACACCUCGAUUCUGAAGGAACUACCGUCUAUCCCGUAUCUGAUUGAUAAGUAUUUGAUGUUUUCUGAUUUUGUGGGCUUGCUAAAUAAGACAAAUCCUGACCGAGAGGCUACACCAAAGGCGGAUGAAAUUUUGAAUGUGAGAAGAAGCCAGAUUGCUGCAAUAGGUGAGUUGGAGUUUGAAAAGAUCACCGAAAAUAACACUGACAUUUUUGGUGAUGACUUCAUGCAAAAGCUCCAUCUAAAUGGUAACGAGCAAGAUGAGAAAGAUGGUUUGAGCGUUGAGUCAAGUACAAAGUUGAAAUCCCGAGGGGAUGAGGCUGGCGCUCUUGAAAGUUUGUUACAAGAGGCAUCAUUGUUGGGCCAUAAACUUGAACGUUUGAUGAAUGUCUUGACCGACUAUGAGCAUCCGGCAGAGGCGAUCCUGGGCAACCAGAGUAUUCUCAACUACUUGCUGAGCGACUGUAUAUNNNAAACGGCGGACGGUCAUGUGUUUUUGACAGAAAUGAUACAUUUGCUCGGAAGUCACGGUUCAAAAGAGUGUUUGAUGGUGAGAACGAGGGUUUCGACUACUCUCAAUACUGUGCAUCUCUUAACGACCCCCAUCAAUCCCCUGUUCAGCUGUCGAGUUCCGGAACGUCGAGUAGUGCGGGGGGAUAGUGCGACAAUACCCAAACGGACUUUGUCAAAACUGACAUCUGAAAAACUGUCGAGAAUGAUCAAGGGCGAUACAACGGCAGCUAAGGAUGCUGGUACGUAUAGCAAGGGGGAAACCAAGUCCAGUUUCAAAUUAGGCCGGUGGUUUAGCAAGAAACUCAAUGCUAAUGAUACUGAAUGA